AUGCUGGCUACAUCAAUGAAAAGAUCACUUGAUGAUGGGUUUACGAAUGAAAGCAAUGUGAUACCUUCACAACAACUAAUGGCCUCCAUGACUCAACCACGUAAAAAACGUGCUAUGAUGACUCAAGUUUAUGACGAAGGAGACGAAGAGAAUUCUGCUCUGGCGUCAGAAUCAGACGAAUCAGAUGAGUCAGACACAGAGGAAUAUCCUGGUGAUGAUGGACUAUCACCAGCUCAAGCUGGUAUUAUUGAACAUUUGAGUUUAAGAAACUUCAUGUGUCAUGAUUCAUUUGAAUUGAACUUGGGUCCACAAAUCAACUUCAUCAUAGGUAGAAAUGGAUCUGGUAAAAGCGCAAUUCUUACUGGAAUCUCCGUUGGGUUGGGUGCUAAAGCAAAUGACACGAACAGAGGCUCCUCCAUAAGAGAUUUGAUAAAAGAUGGUAAAACCACGUCACGAAUAAUUCUCACUUUGAAAAAUGAAGGUCCCAUGGCAUACAAACCGGAAGAAUUUGGUAAAAAAAUUAUUGUUGAAAGAAAAUUGCAAAGAACUGGAAGUAAUACAUAUGCAAUUAAAGAUGAGAAUGGGAAAACCGUAUCACAAAAGAAGUCGGUAUUGGAUGAAAUUUUGUUCAAGUUUAACAUCACUGUGGAUAAUCCCCUAGCUUUCUUGUCUCAAGAUAAAGCACGAGAAUUUUUAACCACAGCAACAGCAAAAACAAAGUUUGAGUAUUUCAUGGCAGGUGCUUAUAUCACUGAUAUUUACAACAAUCUUGAUGAAACGCACAGGAAUAUAUGGGAUAUCAGUAGUAAAAAAGAUCAGGCAGAGAAGUACACUCAGGCAUGCAAGGCUGAAUAUAAACGAAUUGCUCAAAUACAUAAUGCACAUAGAAGAAAUGAUCAUUUGAGAAACCACGCAAAAACUUUAACUGGGAAAAUUUAUUGGUUCAACGUUCAAAAUUUGGAAAAUAAGAUUGAAGAGUAUAAUGGGAGGAUCGCAGAAGCAGAAUCCAAACUAGAUACGAAUACUCAGACUAUACAACAUAUUGAGCAAGAGAUUAUUCUGGAGCAACGUCAAGAAGAAAAGCUUCGAGAAGAAUUGAAAGUAGCUGAAGCUGGAUUGGAAUCAGAAAUGAGACGUUAUGAAGAGGCUAAGGAAAUGAGGUCUCAAAUCAAAUCGCAACGUGAAAUGGUCAAGGAUGACAUAGAAAAGAACAAUAAGGAAAUUUAUAAAUUGAAUGAAAAUAUAAAGUAUAAUCAGGGUAAGCUCAAAAAGGAGCGAAAAAAGAUUGAAGAACAAGAAGGGGGCUCAAAGGAGGAGAUUCGUACUAAAUUAGCUGAAGCGGAUGAACAACUCUUCAAGAGUGAAGAAAAUAUGGCCAUAUGCAGACAAAAAACGAAGAACCUACAGUCGAAUCCAGAUCCCAGACUUGAUGAGUUGACACUGGCAAGAGACUCAUCAAGUCGUAACUUGAGAGAACUUCGCACAAGACAAUCUGAAUUGGAAAAAGAACAGUUUUCGAGGUAUACCCCAUGGGACGCUCGUAAGAUGCAAGGUGUUAUGCGUGAUAUUGAACGAAGCCAAUGGCAAUCCAAACCACUUGGACCUUUAGGGAGUUAUAUUUCAGUGAAGAAGGAGUUUCAAAAUUGGAAGCCACUUUUGGAUGCCAUAUUGAGUAAGAGUUUGGAUGCUUUCAUUGUUCGUGAUGAGCGGGAUAGAGCACAAUUGGAUAGAAUUCUAAGACAACACCAUGCGUAUCAUAACAUUAUUGUUCGUAAGACUGAACGAUAUCACUAUGAAAGUGGUAAGGCCAGAGGUACAACAGUGUUGGAUAUGUUGAAUGUUAGUGAGGAGGCUGUAUUGUAUGCGCUUAUCGAUAACAGCUCAAUUGAGAAGUUGGUUAUUGCAAACUCGGCAGAAGAAGCAAGAAAAUUAUGUUACGAGUCAAAUGUUUAUGGGGCCUUGGUCCAAUUUGGUAACUCAUCAGGAAGUAGAGUAAGUCGUCAAAAUGGCGUACUUAGGCUGGAUCCUGUCUAUUACCUGGGUAAACUUCCUAGAUUUGGAACUGAAAACAAGAAUGAACUUUUAGAUGAAUUGAAGGAAGAGAUCAAUAAUGAAACACAGAAUCAACAUAGUAUCGAACGUGAGUUGAGAAGCCUUAAAAUGAAGAUUGAUGGUGAACGUGAGGCAUUGUAUCGUGAACAAAACGAAUUAAAACGUCAUGUAGAAGGCUUAAGACGUAAAAAAGCAAUCUAUGAAGACAAGAUCGAUAAGGAAAUUGACGAAUCAAAUAUUUUGAAGUUGCAAUUGAGAAUAGAAGAAGAUACUACCCAAAUUGGUCGACUAGAAGGUGUUAUUGAGUCUCUUGAAGAAAGCUUUGAACGAACCAGCGAGAAAUUUAAUGAAUGUAUCCAAUCAGUGACUGAAAUUAAGGAAGCGGUUAGGGAGAAGGGUGAUGAGAAAAGACGUGCAGAAACAAGAUUGGUAACUCAUGAAGAGUAUAUCAAGAGGUUGAGACAGCAAAUUGUCGAAUUGCAAGAACGUAAACAUGAAUUUGUUUCAACCAUUGAGAAAUCUAAAGUUAAAAUUGAGCGUGGUAAAGCAAGAUUGGAAGAACAAUUGCAAAUGGCUCAAAAUUCAUGUAGUCGUGAUGAAAUUACGAUAACUGAAGAAGACACUCAAGAGAGUAUAGCUGAUGAAUACGCUCAAAUUCAACGAGAGAUCAAAGAUGCUGAACAAGUUCUUGGAUCAACUUUAGAAGAUGUAUUAAAGGAACUAGAAGUUGCUGAAAAGAAACGAGAUCAAGCAUUGGCGAGUGAAAAUGAAUUGGAUAAAUUAACGAGACAAAUGCGUGAGGAAAUUGCAAUACGUAUUGAGUUUUUCCUCAUUACUAUCAAACACGCUGUAUUUAGUGCUCAGCGAUCAUUUGAAGAUUCAAUGGAAGUCAGAGGGUUCAAAGGAAAACUAAAUAUGGAUUUCAAUGAACGCACGUUAGAACUAAUGGUUAAAACCAAGAGAGAUGACAAGAACCGUACUGUGGAGUCACUUUCAGGUGGUGAGAAAUCAUACACACAGAUAGCUCUCUUGUUGUCUAUAUGGCGAACUAUGAAUUCAAGAAUUCGAGGAUUGGACGAAUUUGAUGUUUAUAUGGAUUCAGUUAACCGAUCCAUAAGUAUUAAAUUACUCCUUCAUGAAUUAUCAAGGUAUCCGAAAUCACAAAAUAUUUUCAUUACACCUCAAGAUAUUGCUGUUGUUGGUGAUUUGAGUGGUGAUAAUGUACGCAUUCAUAAAAUGUCUGAUCCAAGGCGAGAUAAUUAA